GUGGGGCAGCGGUGGCCCGGAGAAAGGGAGUCCGGGGAAGGUCUGGGGCUGUGCUCAGGCAGGGGCGGAGGCAGGCGCAGCGGGUGGAGUAGGGACGGAGCUCCGGGCGGAGACGGGGGCGGAGCUCCGGGGCGGGGCGCAGGCGGCCCGGGAGGCGGCGCUCGGGCCGGGACGCGCGGGCCGGGCAUGGCGUCGAUGGCGGCGGCGAUCGCGGCCUCGCGCUCGGCCGUCAUGAGCGGGAACCGGCCGCUGGACGACCGGGAGCGGAAGCGCUUCACCUACUUCUCGUCGUUGAGCCCCAUGGCUAGGAAGAUCAUGCAAGACAAGGAGAAGAUCAGGGAGAAGUACGGGCCCGAGUGGGCGCGGCUGCCGCCCGCGCAGCAGGACGAAAUCAUCGACCGCUGCCUGGUGGGGCCGCGCUCCCCGCCGGCUGCCGACGCGGGGGACCUGGGGGACCCGGCGCGCUUCCCUGGCCUGCGCGGGCCCACGGGCCAGAAGCUGGUGCGCUUCGGCGACGAGGACAUAACUUGGCAAGAUGAGCACUCGGCCCCAUUUUCCUGGGAAACAAGGAGUCAGAUGGAGUUCAGCAUCUCCUCCUUAUCCAUCCAGGAGCCCAGCACAGCCACCGUGACCAGUGAUCCCAGGCCCCUGGCCAAGGCUCCUCAGGGCACACAGGCUGCCAAGCCUGCCCAGAACAGCAGAUCCUCUAGCCUGGAUGCCCUAGGGCCUUCGAGGAAAGAGGAGGAAGCUUCCUUCUGGAAGAUCAACGCUGAGCGCUCUAGGGAGGGGCCUGAGGCCGAGUUCCAAUCUCUGACACCCAGCCAGAUCAAGUCCAUGGAGAAGGGAGAAAAAGUCAUGCCUGCUUGCUACCGCCAGGAACCCAUCACAAAAGACAGGGAGGUCAAGGCUCUGCCCCAAGAACAGCAAACUCUCUCCAGUGUAAGCACAGCACAAGAGGUGCCCCAGCCUGUGCAAGCCCCUGCCAGCUUGCUGCCCAAGGCUACCCCCAUUGAGUCCCCAGAGAAGCCACCACCUCCCACUGCCCAGCAGGACGACGAAGACGAUGCUCUGUUCUCAGAGCCUGUGUUUGCGCAGAUCGGCUCAAGUAACACCCUCCUAAAGACGGGCUUUGAUUUUCUGGACAACUGGUAGACGGUGCUACCCGGAAACACAGCCAAGAGCCCCCAUGUGGCCCACGUGGUGUUCGGAGGAGAAGGCAGCUCUGCCUGUGUAUUUUCCUCUUUCCUCUUCCCUUUUCUUAGUCUUUCAGGAACUAGGAAAUGUUGCCAGGUUUUCUUUCUUUUUUUUCUUUCUUCCUCCCUCCCUCCCUCCCUCCCUCUCUCUCUUUCUUUCUUUCUUUCUUUCUUCCUUUUUCUUUUUGGUAAGACCAAAUAGAUAAAUAUGCUAUUUUCAAGGAUUUGAUAACAAGUUUUACACUUGGGAUUUUUAAAGACAAGAAUCCAGUAAGCCUUGUAAAUAAAACUUCUGUCCCGGGCUCCACCCCACUUCUUCCACCAAGGAGGUUCUCAGACCAAGUCACCAAGGGCCGUGCAGGCGACCAUCUCUUUGCGCCCUCCCCAUUCCUUUUCACUGGGGGCUCCCUGGGUGGAGCUAGGCUGUUGACUGUCACUGUGGAAGAUUCAUCCUUAAAAAUGGGCUCACCUGGAACCCUCCCUUUGCUGAACCACAUCUGGCAUUCUGUGCCCUUCCCCACCCCUGCUUCUAGGAAACAGACUGCUGGCAGGUGGUGGCAGGUGCCCGCUAAGCUGCCUGGUGACUUACUCGGAGCUCUGGUGUUUGAAAGCCCCUGCCUGCUGGCAGGUUUUCUAUCAGCGUCUCGCUGUUUUGUAUGUGGCUGCAGCAGCUUCCUUGGUCUGUGGAUUUUCUUCUGAAGAUGCUGUAAGUGUCCUGCCAGUGUCCCAGUCCUGUUCUCUCCAGCAGUCAGGGCCGUGGCAGCUGUGCUGGAGAGCAGGGUGCUUCUGACUCACUGUGUUAGAACCUUCCAGCAUGAGAUUGGAAGGCUUAACUGUUCUUUACCCCGGUUUGGUCAGCUGUAUCGUGAAGGCCUCUCCCCAAGACCAGACCACCUUCAAAUGAAAGAGGCCUUCCUGAUGGUUCCAGAAACUUCCCCUUGCAGCCCUGAGAGCUCACAGCAGCAAGGCUGGGUGAGGAAAAUGAGCCUCACCCAGAUCUGCUCCCUGUCCUCCCCGCUGGCCUGCCACGGCCCCUGGACCACACGCAUCUGCAGGAGGCGUCAAGCAGAUCUGUGAGCUCUGGGUGGCACGGUCUACCCUUUGCUGUCACUCCGUUCUCUUCACCUGAAGCCUUAAUCUCAAUGAGCCCCCUUCUCCGAGCACCUGGUUCAGUACUGAAUGGUGUGACCUUAAUGCCCACGUCACAGGACUUUCUGAACUAGCUCCUGGAAUAUCUAUUAGACCCUGCUUACCAAGGCAGAGCACACACAGCAACUGUCCCACCCUUGUCUUUUCCCCUGGGAAAACAUGCCAAAGCUGUACUUAGCCAAUAUUGAUGCGAUACCUGCCAAUUAGUUUAUGUCCUGAGCCUCCCUUGGUCUCUAGGUGGCUUUUGACCAGUUAUCAUUCCGUACUGUUGUAGAGCAGUGAUAGCAGAAGAGAAGAAAGGCUUCUGGCACAACGAGGACGAAAAUAACUCGCAAGCCACCAUUGGUACAGCCCACGCUGGCCCUGACUCUUCAGGGGAUCCAGCAUGGCUACCGUGUGCCUGCCUCCCUCCCUCCCCAGUGCAGUGGUUGAUUUCACGUCUGUGCACGUUCUCCUUCCGUGUAGGUCUAUGGUCCAUGGCAAGGGCACAGCAGGAAGGCGAAGGCUCACCCUGGCCCUUGACCAGCGUGACAUGUCUAUUCUCUCUCUGUGCAGACAUUUUCCCUUCUUCCCACUUUCUCCUGAUUCCCUUCUAGCUUCUCUAGUGAAAACACAGAGAAGGCUGCUUGUAGGCACAAUGGUGUUUCUCAAGGAGGCCUCCUGAGAGCAGUUGGGAAGCUGGGCGGUGGUGGUGCACACCUUUAAUCCCAGCACUUGGGAGGCAGAAGCAGGCGGAUCUCUAUGAGUUUGAGGCCAGCCUGGUCUACAGAGUGAGUGUCAGGACAGGCUCCAAAGCUACACAGAGAAACCCUGUCUUGAGAAACCAAAAACAAAAAAGCAAACAAACAGAAAGAACAGGUGGGAAGUCCCAGAUAGGGGGUCCAGGAGGGAUCCUAAAGUACCCACCUGACCUGAGCAUUGUCCUUGUGCCUGGGCAGACCAAGCUGGCUUCUUGGUCUCCCCCAGGGACUAUGUGACAGUGGCCAGGAGAUUAACCAGGUAUUUUCCACCUUAUCUUCCUCCGUCGUCAUGAUGAUACACACCCAUCACUUCUCUUCCUCCGUCAUCAUGAUGAUACACCCAUCACUUCUUUUCCUCCGUCGUCAUCAUGAUACACACCCAUCACUUCCCUUCCUCCGUCAUCAUGAUGAUACACCCAUCACUUCUCUUCCUCCGUCAUCAUGAUACACACCCAUCACUUCCUCCGUCAUCAUGAUGACACACCCAUCACUUCUCUUCCUCCGUCGUCAUGAUGAUACACACCCAUUACUUCUUUUCCUCCGUCGUCAUGAUGAUACACACCCAUUACUUCUUUUCCUCCGUCGUCAUGAUGAUACACACCCAUCACUUCCCUUCCUCCGUUGUCAUGAUGAUACAUACUCAUCACUUCUCUUCCUCCGUCGUCAUGAUGAUACACCCAUCACUUCUCUUCCUCCGUCGUCAUGAUGAUACACCCAUCACUUCUCUUCCUCCGUCGUCAUGAUGACACACCCAUCACUUCUCUUCCUCCAUCAUCAUGAUGAUACACCCAUCACUUCUCUUCCUCCAUCAUCAUGAUGAUACACCCAUCACUUCUCUUCCUCCAUCAUCAUGAUGAUACACACCCAUCACUUCCCUUCCUCCGUAGUCAUGAUGAUACACACCCAUCACUUCCCUGUAAAGCAGUUCUUCCUCUCAAGCCUGUGUAUGAUUUUGAUCUCCACCACACACCCAGGCUCAACGCCUGGGAGGCAGCUCCAGGACUCUGUGUCUUGCUUUUGGUGGCCAUAUUUGACAAAAGCUCUCAGGAACCUAGACUCUGCCUGUCUGGGUUGUCCCUGAGUCCCCGGCCCUCCUGGCUUGGACGUGCUCCUGUUAGGAGCAGCGGAGCCGACCUCCUGGCCAGGUGCAUCCCUCAUGCCAGGGCCAGGAGUGGCCUUCUAUUCUUUACACCGCCCUCUCCUUUGAUACAUAUUUUCAAAAUGGCAGAUUCUUAAUGACAACUUGUAACUUUGUUCUAUUUUAUACUACUAGCCUUUAAUAAAGCCAUUUUAAAAAUGA